AUGGAACAUGAUGGUGGUGGCGAGAAGGACAGGCAGAAUACGGAUGACUACAGGGAGUCUGCGCCAAACUCUCAUAAAUGCAAUACACCCGAUGACAAUCCUGACCAUGGUGAUGAUUUUGACAGCAAUAUGGAGAUGUUAGUGUUCUUCUUUCUAUCGCUUGCAUUCAUCCCGAUAUUAUGUUCUCAUUGCAGGGACAGAGAUGCUGGUCAGUACACGCACCAGCCAACGGACGACAUAGACGAGGCAAUGAAUUUCAACGAAAAUCUGGAUCGUCCUUGUCCUGACAAUGAAGCUCGAGGAGAUAUCGAACAAGUAGAUUUGGAUGAUGAGCCCACAGAUACGGAGCAGGAUAAAGUUUAUGAUGUUCUCGAGCAUCAUCAUGCAAAGAACAGGCAGCGAAAAGCUCCUUCACCAACCUAUUUGUCAAAGGGAAAGGAAGGGGCAUGUACUGUUAAUCGCCCACAAUCCCCUCGUCGACACCCAUCCCAACAUGUUCAUUCCAAAUCUCCUUGCCCACAAUCUCCUCAAUGUGUCAGGUGCUCGAAGUCCCAUGUUUGUUCUGAAUCUCCUCGCCCAUGUUCUCCUCAACGCAUCAGGCGCUCACCUACAUGUCAUUCCUCUCAUUCAAAGUCUCCACAUCAGCAAUCAUCUCAGCAAGUCAAAUAUGUAUGCUCAUCAUCCUCAUGUAUGCAGUCUACUCUUCAGCGUCCAUCUCGACCAAUUACUUCCUCAAGUCGCAGUCAUACACAGCCCACCUCUCGUGGAUGCUCUCCAUCACGCUCUCCAUCCGACCCUAUUCUGUCUUCAAGUCAUGAACAUUCUCAUACCUCUACACCUGAAGAUGCUCAUCGAUCCAGCAAUAGCAAACGAAGGGUCAAGACAAACCACAAGAAUCCCUCAAAGCUGGAAUUUUAUCCGCCCACUUGGCAAGCAUUCCUGCAGACGGCCAAGUUAGAGAUGCAGUUGCAGGCCAUCCUAGUUGACACAAUUCCGGAAUUUCAGGAUGCCCUUAACCUUGCAUGA